AUGGAUGCUGCAUGUGUCGCCUGUCAGCGCCGCGGCAUGCCGUGCUUUGGGCAGGAGUUUGUCGACGUACCCUUAGAUGAUCUUGAAGGGGAGAAGACAGUUGUUGAGCGGUUGAAACGGGCUGAGAUUCUUCUGGAUACUAUCUCGAGGGAUAUUUCGUCGGACAAGAGUUCGAGCAGUGCGAGUACGAGGCAGUCUUUGGAGAAGGAGGUCGUGCCUGAGGCCACAGAGCUCAGGGUUGAUGAUGAUGCCAGUGACAACGUUUCUGGUGUUGUUCUAGAUGCUCAGAUACCACUACAGCAGCAGACCAAAGUUGACGUCUUUGGCGGCCACAUUCAGCACUUGGAAAUAUCCAAAGCCUUGCACCAUCGCCUCCCGUCUCAAGAAGACGCCAGUUUGAUUAUCGGCAGGGGCAUGGCAAUAGUCUUCGUCCAAGGCAUUUGCAACCAUUACGGCGAGAAGCUCCAACCCACUUCAGUACUGUCCGCUCUUCCACCGGCUACCGCGCACCCAGUUCUCCUCGCGAGAAAAUUCCUCCAGCUGUCGCUUUGCAUCCAACGUCUCGACCCGUCAUUGAGUGAAGGUGUUCUUUAUUUGGGCCAGAGCCCAGCGGACGCCAUGUGGAUGUACUUCAAUCUCGCCUCUAAUACGGUCACUUGCCACGAGGAGCUCCUUGAUUCGAUUGAAGGUGUCGAGUGUCUCCUCUACCAGUCUGUCUACCUAAUGAACUCUGGAAACCUGCGGAGGGCGUUGGUAUCGCUCCGACGAGCUUCUACCUUGGCCCAGUUUAUGGGCCUAGAUCGUGCAGCGCCGUAUGAGGUGAAGCAGUAUGAUCCGACGACCAAUGUCUCUUGUGCAGUCCUAUGGGCACGCAUCUCUCAUCUGGAGAGGUACCUUUCUCUUUUCCUUGGCAUGCCAUCGGCCAUACCCCGGGCUCUGGCAUCUGGUGCACCUGGCGGAAGUAGCGCGGACUUGUUUGAAAUGCAGCAAACUGCUAUUCUCGAGCGGAUGAUUGAGAGGAGCCAGGAACGCAACUACCACGAUCUGGCCCUAACACAAGACAUUGACCGUGACCUGAACAAAGCGGCAAGCGUGAUGUCGGCCAAGUGGUGGGCGCCAUUGGAUCUGAGCCAGAGCACGAGCAGCAAGGACAUUCUGGUGAAGGUCAUCAGUGCCCAGCUGCAAAUUAUGCACUAUAACCUUCUCACCAUUCUUCAUUUACCGUAUCUCCAGUGGGACGCCACUGACGACAGAUUCAACUACAGCAAGGUGACAUGCGUCUAUGCAAGCAGAGAGGUUCUGACGCGGUGGGUUGCCUUCCGCUCCAUUGUGAAAGUCGUUCUUUGCUGCCGUCCGGUGGACUUUUGCGCGUUCACGGCCUGCUUGACUCUUCUUUUGGCAUAUCUCAAUAGCAGCAAGCAGGCGUCAACGAUGCUUACCCAUCAGCGUCAGGGUGAUCGAGCACUCAUUGAGACUGCUCUGGAGACCAUGGACGAGCUCAAUCGGCUGAAUGGGGACGAGCUGACGCGCAAGACUGCCGAGCUAGCAAGGAAAUUGCUGGUUCUGGAAGCUGAAUGCGCUCAAGGAGGCCAAGCUUACCGCAGUAGUGUUGAAGAUGAUGAAGGCGUCAAGGACGAGCGGACCUUUUACCUGAAGAUUCCCUACUUUGGAACUGUGAAACUUGCAUGUGAUGACAGUUCUUCCCAGGCUGAUACGGCGUCUUCGGCAUCCUCGAGUCAGGCUCCGACUUGGUCGUCAUCUUCGUCGUCGUUUUCGUACGAGAGUCAACUAUCUCAACAUAUGCCUGGGUCUACAAACGGGUUUCCCCUCCCCGACCUCCCAGUAAGCUACCAAGGGUAUGAGACGGGGAUGCCAGAUCUCAUGGCCGGUGCAGAUACUUGGGCCUUUCAAGGAGUCGACUCUGCCAUCUUCAAUACCAUUUUCGAUACCAGCCAGAUCACCGAUGAACCUUGGGGCGGAUAUAUGCUUUCUCUAUAG